UGUCUUUUUACCCUCAAUAUUUUACUUCAAAAUGGCUAUAUUUUUAAUGGGAUCAAAUGUCAUUUUUCGUUUCUCUCGCAGUCUCUCUCUUUUUCCUUCUGUCUAUCAGUUCAAAGUGAAACUUUUGUUUUUUUUUCAUUUCGAGUUUCGAUGGUUUCGACUUUUAGAAUUUGUUUAUUCCAGUUUCUGCAACAAUAUCUAAGAGUAAAAUUGUUAUAUUUAAGCUUAUUUUUGUCUCGCUUUUUAAAGUUGCAAUUAAGUCAAUUUUUUUAUUUUUUUACAAUUAACAGAUGUCAGAUGAAAUGAAUCCAAGUAAUUUAAUUAAAAGCGAAGAGGAUAACGAAAAAAAUCAAAAACAAAAUUCCGCCACAAAAAAGCGUUUUUUCUUUACCAAAGGCCAACGACCAUUACCUCCAAAUAAUCCAACUUCUGAACAUUUAGAAAAAACAAAUGAAGAAAUUGUUGGAAAAGAGGAAAAUUGUGCUCAUGAAAUUAUUAUAAAGGAUAUGUGUGGAAAUUGUGGGAAGGAUUUAAGAAUCAAAGGAGGAUAUUCUGGGGAGCGGACAGAGCCUGUUGGGGCAAAUAUUUCUAUGAUACAUCACGUCCCCGAGCUUGUAGUUUCUAAUGAGGUUGCAAGUCAAUUGGGUGCCCGAGACCAUGAAAACAUUCUUCGCCAACGCAAAUUGAUUUUAUUGUUAGAUCUUGACCAAACAUUGGUUCACACUUCGAAUAGGCCUUUAAAGCCUUGUGAAGCAGCAUCGUCAACAAAUUUGUUUGGUUAUCAACUUUUUGGAAAUACUUUUUUUACAAAAAUAAGGCCUUAUACUCAUCAUUUUUUGGAACAUAUUAAUAAAUUGUAUGAAUUACAUAUUGUUACUUUUGGUCAACGUAUGUAUGCGCACAAAAUUGCUGAACUGCUUGACCCAAAUAAAGUUUAUUUUGAUUAUAGAGUUUUAUCUAGAGAUGAAUUAUUGAGCAGUAUUCACAAGGCUGGAAAUUUAAAAGCUUUAUUUCCUUGUAGUGAACAAUUAGUUUUAAUGUUGGAUGAUAGACCGGAUGUUUGGAUGCAUUCUGAUGCUUUAAUUCGAUUAAAACCUUAUCGUUUCUUUUUGGAUGUUGGGGAUAUUAAUUAUCCUUUGGAAAAAGAAAAUAAAGAUUCUGAGGAAAAGGAAAAGAAUAUUAAUGAAAAAAGUGUUGAAAAGAAGGAAAUGGAGAAAAAGGAAAAAGAAGAGAAAGGAGAAGAAAGUUUAAUUCAAAAAGAUAUUCCAAAAUCCGAGGAAAAUAAAAAAUGUGAUGAAGAACAACCCAAAAAAUCUGAAUUAAAAAUUGAUUUACCUGAUGAAUUGAGUAAGCCAGUUACUCCUUUAUCUGAUAAUGAUAAUGCUUUGGUAUAUAUUGAACGUAUAUUGAAGGAGAUCCAUUCAAUAUUUUAUGAGCAAUAUGAUCGUGAAGGACAAACUCCAAACGUCAAACAUAUUGUCUCCUGGCUUCGUUCUCAAGUUUUGAAAGGUGAACGUAUAGUCUUUUCUGGAAUAGUCCCGCUUGGAAUUGAUAUUAAUUCUUGCGAAAUUUACCAACUUUGUACACAAUUUGGAGCAAAAGUUGGAGAAAAAAUUGUUAAAGGGGAAACUACCGUUUUGGUUGCUGCUAAAGCUGGAACUGAAAAAAUUCGUCAAGCAAAACGUUUACGAAUUCCUGUAGUCAGUGUUCGUUGGUUAGAAGCUUGUUAUGAACGUUGGCAGAAACUUGAUAAAAGGGAUUUUUUAUUUUGUGAAGAGGAUUGUGCAGACUUUGGCGGUUCUUUGCAUUCAAAAAAGCCACGUUUAAGUGAAACUUUAUGUUCAAGUACAGAAAUGGAUCAUUUUUCACAAAUGGAUACUCUUGACAAAAAGGCAUUGCAGGAAAUGGAAAAUGAGGUAGAUUGUGCUCUUUCUGAAGAUGAUGACGAUGAUAACGAGGCUUCCACUUCUUUCUAUACUCAAUUAAAAACAGAAAAGGAAGAUCAAGAAUUAUCUGUUUCUGACAAUGAUAACAACAACAAAUUUGUAGAUGAUAUACUUCCAAAUUUAAAUGAAGAAGAAGAUCCACAAGAAUAUAGUAAAUGUCUUGAUGAAAGUGAAAUUCCGUUAAAUGAUGAGGAAGAAGAUGAGCAGGAUUACAUUGAUUAUGAAAAUGAACAUUUGGAGGAGAAGGAAUCAUCAUCUGAUGGGGGAAGUGAAGUGAAGCAAUAUGGAAAAGAGGGGACAUCUCAGGAUGAUGAAGAGGUGGAGGGACAAUUUGAAAAGGAGGCAUCUUAUGGUGAAAGUGAUGUGAGGCAAUUUGGAGAUUCUGAUACAAAUGAUUUAAAUGAAGAUUAUGAUGAAAUGGUGGCUGAUAUUGAACAGCAGUUGAACGAUAAUAAAUGACAUUAUUUAAUUU